GCGCUAGGCCGGCUACAUAUGCGAAAGAUGGCCACAGUCACAGAUGAUGAAGUGAUUCGUAGACGGCUCCUUAUUGAAGGAGAAAGCGGUGGAGAUGAUCGCCGCAUCAACACACUCCUCAGGAUGUUCAUCAAGUGGUGCAAUAGUGACACAUCCGAUGAAGAAAGCUUGGCCACAUAUCAGAAGAUGCAGUCCAUCCUGGCACAGGUUGAAUUUGCCAUGGAGAAGACCCAACUGAUUCACGACAUGAACACCAAAGAAAUGACCAACUAUGAAGAACUUUACAGUGAAAUUGAGCAGAGCAUAAAGGAGGCUUAUGCCAAGAUCUCUGCUUGCAAACUCCAAGUACAGGACGCCAAGAGAGUGCGCAAGAACAGGCAGGAAUAUGACGCCUUAGCCAAGGUCAUCAAGAACCAACCAGAUCGCAAGGAAUCCAUGAAAAAACUAGAGGACCUUGAUCGAGAGCUGUCAAAUCUCAAACACAGCAAACAGACCCUGGAACAAAAGCUGGAAGAUCGCAGGAAGCAGUUUCACGUCCUCAUCAGCUCCAUCCAGGAACUACAGAGAAUACUGGAAGAGGAUGACAAGGGAAAGGAAGUGCCAAUGGAAACCACGCUAGACAGUUCCAUGGACACCAGUUUGAACGAGAAAUGACACCCAGUUGCAUCCUGGAUUUGAAGCUGAAGGGAAGCUACGAAACCCCAGACAUUGAACCCCCACCCUGCAAAACUGAAAUGCAGCAGACUUAGAGUUUGGAAGAAGAGAUGUUGAUCAAGGUUUUAUUGACAAUAAUAGGAACAUAACUUUGUUUAGGGCGUUUUGGGGUUCAGUUACUGUGGAGGGCAAGAUAAUAUACCAACAUCUGAGACACUGCCGAUUCAUCAUGUACGUGUAUACACUCAGGGUGCUGAUCAUAGACUAACCAGAGUGGGAUGCAAGCGUAUACAUGUAGCUACCUGUGUAUAAAACUAUGAGAGAGCUGCACAAUGUAGUCUUCCAGGCACAACCAUGCUUGUGUACAAACCUACGGAUAGCUCAAAAUAUUUUACAGCGUUUGUACAGUUAUUUGCAUAUCUGAAUGCAUAUAUGUAGCCGAUAUGCGCACAAUUCAGGAUCAUCCUGUAGUCGAUAUUUCAUAGAAAUAAUGUCUUUCAGUGACUCUUGCAGCCUACUUUGUUAGCUUUCCUUCCGUUCUUGUCAGACAUUGUCAGAUGUUUAUUUAAGAAUCCCUACAAAGCAUAUUCCCGUGUUUCUGAUGAUUUGUGUCAAAUAUAUCGAACCUGCUGAGCAAACAAAGUGUUGUGCAACAUAUUUAGUCAGAUGAAAGACAUUUUAUUUCCAAAAUCCAUUGUUUGGGGAUUGUGACCUCGUGGUUACAGUUUGAGACUCAUAAUCAGAGGAUAUGGGGCAUUCUCCCCCCCCCCUGUUUUUUUUUGGGGGGGGGGGUAACAUAUGAAUCCGUGGAGUGGAAAGGGAUGAGUGAAAUAUACUGCAUCGAUUUAAAAACAGUCGACUUCAUUCCUUCUCUUGUUUGGUUAUUAAAAUAAAAAAAUUAAAAAAAGAUUCAACUUGUACGUGAAUAUUGAAAGCCACAAUCAAUCUGGCACAAAAUCUGCCUCCCUUGGUAUCUGUACAUUUUAUUUUGUUACAAAUUUUCAGCUCCAGAGUCUGAAAAUUUAAACUUCAUUUUGUCUGUAUUAAGAAGUCCAUGCCCAGGAGUCCGUCCAAUUGGCCAAUGUUGCUAAAUACAUGUACUGCAUUAACUAUGUAGGUGAUUCUGCCUUCCCUAUAUUUCGAUGUAGGUGUUGCCUUAUUAGUCUCCAAUAGCCCACCACUCGCUGUCCCUACACCUGUUCCUUCCCUCACAAGCCUGAGUCUUUUACUUGGGGGGAUCUCGUAGAACAACUUCGGAGAAAGUACCGUAUUGGUUUCACCAGUAUCCACUAGUAGCUGCGUAGCAGCACAGACCGUUGCCCACCGAUCCCAACACUAUCAUCACGAUCAAACUUAAAUUGAACCAUAAUGAUUUGUUCAGUGCAAAAGCUCCGUGGGUCUUGCUGCCUGAACCACUGAGUGAAAAGAUAGAUAAAUCCAUGUUUGUACUUCAACGGCUAAAUGGGACUUCUCUUUCAUGCGGCAGAUGUUCUUAUAUACUUUCAAACGAUGACGUCAGAGCUUAUAUAGAUUAUGAAGAAUGGCAUAAUAUUGGACGUCAAAUGUGCACGUCAGUAUAUUAUUUGAGGCAUUUAACAAUGUAACUUUCCCCACUUUAAACAAACCUCUCUUCAAAUGUUCUUAACGUGAAAAAACCUCUGGGAGCUAUUAAAGUAAACGCAAUACAUUUCGGGCCUUAUUCCAUUUCCCCGUUGUCAUGGUUUCCAGACAGCCGAUGACGUUUGUCGUCUUCAGAGAUUCUGACUUGUUUUCUGCAUCGAAAGUUUAAAGUAAUUUUAUCAAUUCAGUAUUUUUUCCAUUCUUUUUAAUAGCCUCUAUAUCCAAACAGUGACACAGUUCUAGCUGCCGUCUUUUUGAAGACCAUUUUUGAUGGCCUUAUCAGUCCUCCUGUUUCCACGUUGGCCUUACUAAAGUUCGCGCUAACAUUCACCAAUACUAUAUUAAAAGAUCCUACUGUAUCUGAUGUUAGUCUGUCUGUAUGUCAUUUUUUUUGUAAAAGGAAUAGAGGGAGCAUAAAUUGCAACGGUUAAUAAAAACACGUCACUCUA